GCACUCGGGCGCAGUUCGGCCCGGUGGCCCGGUCAGUAGCCACGUCCACGCCCGGCAGCCGCAACGCCGCUCCGCGCCCAGCCCGGCUAUUCGCUUUCGUCCGGUCCCAAAUCCGCUUCGCGUAUUUCGCUAUGCGUCCGCGUUCGUAUCUCUCGAUGCCGUAGCGCAGCUAAAGCCUCCUGUAAAACUGCCUGCUCUUCCACCACGCACCGACGGCAGCGGUGGCUACUCACCAGGAGUGUCCUCAUGUCGGAGGCAGUGGCUGCGGCCUGGAGGAAGAGCGUGUAGCGGUGUCGCCUCUGCCCCGAGGCGGCCGCCUCUAUAUAUAUAGGGCGGCGCGCCGCCGCCCACGCCGCUCACCGCCGUGCUGGGCCGCCGCCCCUCGCCCCCGGGGGCCACGGAUGCCCCCUGCCACCCCCCUCCGGCGGCAUUAGCACUUUUGAUGGCGCAUUAUGCUCGGCGCCGCACAGCGGUGCGGCAACUCAGUUCCGCUCCGCUCCAUCCGCUUCACACGCUGGGGGAACUCCUUCUCGGAAUACUUUUGGAAGCCCACGGCUUGGCGCGAGGACUAGCAGCGGCCGUCCUAUCGACGCAGAUGGCCACCACCCUUGUCGCCCCAGCCGCAGUGGCCGCCCCCGCCAUCGCCUACGCCGCCCCAGCUGCGGCCGUCGUGGCCGCCCCCGCCCCAGUGGCCUACGCCGCCCCAGCUGCGGCCGUCGUCGCCGCCGCCCCCGGCUCCACCGUGGUGUCCGCCCCCGGUACUAGCUCCUACUCUUUCUCCACACAGUCCGUGCACCAGCCACAGGUGGUUCUCGCCAGCCCGCAGGCCGUCUACGCCGCAGCCGUCGCCGCCGCUCCCGUGGUGGCCGCAGCGCCGGCCGUCGCCACCGCCCCCGCGGUCGUGGCUGCCCCGCCAGCGGAGGUUGUCGACGCUCCCGAGGUGGUCGCCGCCCGCGCCGCCCACUUCCAGGCUUACGUCGCUGCCAAGGCCGCUCUGCUGGGGCGCAAGAAGCGCAGCCCCGGAUUCCUCGGCCCCGCUGUGGUCUCCACCCCCGCCGCCACCACCCUCUCUGCUCAUGCCGCCCCCGUGGACAAUGCUGCCCACGCUGCCUCAGUGGCCCUUGCUGCUCACGCCGCCGCCGUCACCCCUGUUGCCUACUCCGCCCCCGUAGCUGUCACCUACUCCGCCCCCACUGCUGUCACCUACUCUGCCCCCGCAGCUGUCACCUACUCCGCCCCCGCGUCUGUCGCCUACUCCGCCGCGGCCUUCCUACCAGUGGCCGCCUCCAGCCAGUAGCGCGUCCAGGACGAACUCGGCCAGUAGACCUACGGCUACGCCGACGGAAACUCCGCCAAGACUGAGAGCCACGCCGCUGAUGGCUCCACUGUCGGUGGCUACUCCUACGUAGACGACCACGGCCUGGUACAGAGUGUCAAGUACCACGCCGAUAGCCUGGGUUUCAGGGCAACCGCCACCAACCUGCCCGUCCUGUUCCAUUUUGAACUCUACAUCGUUUAUGUAUGUAACCUUCUUUUCUUUCCCUGAAUCUUCAUGCCCCACAUAGUAUAAUGUAUAAAAAUCUGUAAAAAAUAAAUACGUAAUAAAAGGGAUAAAAUU